AUUUUGAGGCACAGUCACAAUUAAAUCCAGAACAACAUCAUGCUUUUACAAAAAUAAUGCAAACAAUCGAUGCUGGAACAACUGGAAUAUUCUUUGUGGAUGGACCUGGGGGAACUGGGAAAACAUACCUAUACCGUGCAUUGCUUGCCAAUGUUAGAUCAAGAGGUAUGAUAGGUUUGGCAACAACAACCAGUAGCGUAGCAGCUUCAAUCUUACCAGGAGGACGUACAUCACACUCGAGGUUUGAGAUCCCCCUUCAAACAAAUGAAUCAACUAUGACAAACAUGUCAAAGCAAAGUGGUGCUGCCAAAUUGAUUAGAAAAGCAAAAAUGAUUAUAUGGGAUGAAGCACCAAUGGCCAAACGACAAACAAUAGAAACAGUCGACAGGAGCUUCAGAGACAUAAUGGACAUCGAUAAACCAUUUGGUGGGAAAGUAAUGGUUUUUGGAGGAGAUUUUCGGCAGGUGUUACCAGUAGUUCCAAAAUCAACUAGAGCGGAAAUUGUAAAUGCAAGCUUGGUGAAAUCAUAUCUCUGGCCUUUAAUGGAGAAGAUUCAAUUUACAAUUAAUAUGAGAGCAAGAACAGAUCCAACAUUCAGAGAGUUCUUACUUUGCGUGGGUAACGGAGAUGAACCAACAAUAAGAGACUAUUUAAUCCUUCUCCCUGAAUAGUUGACUGUCAAGCAUUCUCGGGAUGGAUUUCCAGAAGAAUCCAUAAUACAAGAGAUAUUUCCAAACCUGCAAGAAAAUGCUGCUACGGCAAAAUAUGUCACUGAAAGAGCUAUUUUAGCAAGCUGAAAUGACCAUGUGGAUAAACUUAAUGACAAGUUAAUAGCCAUGUUCCCAGGUGAAAGCAAGAUAUUCAAUAGUUUGGACUCAGCAGAAGAUGACACCAACAACUAUUACCAAGAAGAAUAUCUAAAUACUUUAACACCAAACGGUCUCCCACCACAUAGGUAUUGAUGAUCAUACAUUACAAGUUACAAUCCUGAAGAGGCGGUAACAAAUAUCAAAAUGGAUAGAUUUUUACAUAUCUUAUUAAAUGCAGGUUAGAAUUGAAGGAAAAUGCACCCAUCAUGUUGCUAAGGAAUUUAGACCCUUCAAGUGGCUUAUGCAAUGGAACACGAAUGAUAUGUCGAGGCUUCUCCCAAAAUGUCCUGCAAGCGGAAAUAUCAAGUGGUCAUUCUGCAACAAACCAUGUGUUUCUUCCUAGAAUUUAAUUAUCACCACCAGAUAAUGAAGGAUACCUAUUUAAAUUCAUUCGAAAGCAAUUCCCGGUACGCCUUUGCUUUGCAAUGACUAUAAAUAAAGCCCAAGGUCAAACAAUUCAAAAUGUUGGUUUGUAUUUGCCCCAACAUGUUUUCUCACAUGGUCAAUUGUAUGUGGCACUCUCAAGAGGGAUAUCUAUGUCCACAACAAAAGUACUUGUCCUAACAGAGCAACCCAAACAUCAAAAUGGAACAUACACAAAGAACAUCGUCUAUAAGGAAGUUUUAGGUUUAGAAGACACACCUAUGCAAACAUAAUGGAUUCUUCAGCGACCCAUACUCUUCAAUGCGUUAAUAUCAUAUUCGGAAUAGUUCUUUCAGUACUAUUAUGAGCUUUCUUGAUAUUGUAUUCCAUUCUAAUGUCUUAAUAUUAUUAUUAUUAAUAAUAAUUUACAUUACUUCCAAA